GGACGAGAGGGGAGGGGGGGGGGGUUGCAUGGGGUGAAACAUGGCCGCUGCAGACCCAUCGAAGUCUCCGAAACGAGAGAAAACCCCCGUGGAGGAGGUGGAAACAUCUGGGGAGCAGGCCGAGGUGGCAGGUUCGGGCAGCAGCCUGGAGCAGAAGGAUGAGCCGACUUGUGAUAAACCAGCGGACACCCCCGUCGAUGAGCUCGGCGUCGAUUCAGAGGUUAGUGUCGAGCCCGGUGCUGCCGGAGCAGACAAAACGACAUGCAGCUCACCACCAGAGGACCAAACAGCGGAUGAAAAAAUGGCCGAGGCCGUUGGAGAGCGGCGGCAGGCUUUCGACUGGUCAGAGGCUGAAGAUGACGAAGAAGCGGCGAAAACUACCAGAGAGGAAAAUAACAAAAGUGAUCUCUCUAACGUUUCCGAGACCGCUGAAAAGGUGAAGCCGGACAGGGCUUUCGAGGACGAUGCAGAAAAGUCUGUUGACACCAAAAAUUCACACUCUGAUGAGAGCUGCAAAGAGAAGUCACAAGUACAGGAUCUGGGAGGUGAAGUUGACCUUAUGGAGGAGAUGAUCGAAGAUGAUGAUGAGGAUGACGGGGACGAGGAGGAAACUGAUCCCACAGCUAAACAAAAAACGUUUUGUCUGGUGUGCAAGGACUGUGGGAAGAGCUUCAAACGCCGUGAGAUGUACAACCUUCACCGCCACUUUCAUGCACACGAGGAUGAGUUCACGCCCCUCACUUGUAAAGAAUGUGGCCUUACCUUCCAGCAACGAAGCAGCUUCAUUAAACACAGAAAUGAACACAGAGAAAUGGAGGAGAGGCUCAUGACUCCAAAGAUGGAGAGCCACACAACGGAGGAGGGCAGAUAUCAGUGUGCAGAAUGUGAGAAAAUUUUUCCCACAGUUGGUAAGCUGAGGGACCACGGAUGCUGUAAUCUAGCAGAAAAGCCUUAUCACUGCACCCUGUGCCGGCAGGAUUUCCAGUUUAAAGUGUCUAUCAGUAAGCACAUGAUGACCCAUUCCCAGGAGGGCAUGUUUAAAUGUCAAGAGUGCACUCUAACCUUCCGAACCGCCAUGGCUCUGCGCUUCCAUCAGAAAUCCCACACCGGCCUCAAGCCCUAUGAAUGCCCCGAGUGUGGCAUGGUUUUUAAGCACUACUCCGUGAUGGAAGAUCACCGGCGAAAACAUGUAGACAAAAGCCGUUCUCACCUCUGCACCAUCUGUGGCAAGGCUUUCAAGUACAGCAGCCUCCUUCAUCAGCAUCAAUACCUGCACACGGGCCAGAAACCCUUCUGCUGCCCCGAAUGUGGCAAAAAGUUUGCUUUUGCCCAGAACAUGAAGGCGCACUGCCGUCAGCAUAGGCUGCGGGAAACCAACUCACUCAGCGAGCCGCCUAGCAAACCAGCCACUGAGGACGCCAAAGGGCCAGAGAAGGAGAACACGAGCACAGCCGAGGAACCAAAACGCACUUUUACUUGCCCUCUCUGUCCCCAAACAUUUCCAUCAGCAGCAAACUUGAGAGCUCACAUGCUCAUCCACGAGGCAGAGUAUGAGAAGAUGGAGAGAAAACCUCAAUCUCCAAAAGAACUAAACAAGACCUGGGACAAAGGACAUGCAUGUCCACACUGUCCUAGUGUUUACCGAGAGGAAUCCAGUUUAAAUCUACAUCUGUUGAAUUUUCACAAGUCACCUAAAAAAUAUUUGGAAAGGCUGUCGGCAAAACCUAAGAAUGAUUUUGCACCGUUAAGCAGUGAUGAUAUGCAGGAGAAGUGGAAGAGCGAAGAGACAAGUAUUAAGUCAUACAAGUGUUCGGAGUGUGGAAAAUCGUUCCGCCACCGCUCGGUGUUAGAGCUGCACAUGCGCAUACAUUCCAAGGACAAACCGUACCAGUGUAAAGUGUGUGGCAAGGGAUUUAGGUUCGGUAGCUACUUGCAGCAACAUUUAAUCAUCCACACAGGCGAGAAGCCAUACAAAUGUCCUGAUUGUGGGAAGGACUUUGCUUUCCUCCAGAAUAUGAGGACACACCAGAGGCUGCACCAGGAAAAGCCGUUCCGCUGCACCAGCUGCCGAAAAGGCUACAGCGAUGAAACCCAGCUCCAGCAGCACAUGUUGUCGCAUAAUGGUGACAAACCUCACAAGUGUGACCUGUGCGACAAGAGCUUUGGGUUGGCCUAUCUGCUUCGUGAUCACAUGAACACACACACUGGAGAGAGGCCUCAUCGCUGCGACCAGUGUAACAAAACCUUUUCCUGGUUCAGCAGCCUGCUGGUUCACCAGAAGAUCCACACACGCAAGAAGCAGUUGUACAGCCCACACAAUUCCAUCCCUGUGAGCACUGGGGUGAGGGGCGGUGAGAAGAGAGAGGGGGGGCUCACAUGGAGCUUGUCUAGACCCUUAGGAGGCUCGGGCAUGAGUACUCAGCAGCCUCUGUACCCACUCUCUCCACAGAAAGAUGCAGACAUACACAGAAAGCCACUACACCCACAAUCUUCCAUGCUCCAGUCUCACAUGAAUUUACAAAGCAGGCAGCAGGGUGAGCAGUGGCCAUCUGAGCCACAACCUCAGCCUGUGCAGUGGAAAGUGGAUGGUGGAGAGGUGAUGCCCGUCCCAACCCCACAGCAGCAACAUGGAGCUCCACAAACUCCGUUUGACUGCCCAACACAGCCUCAGCAGCACCAUCAGAGAAGUCCAGGCUGGGCAGAAAUCCCUCUGUUAACACAGUCUGGCUCUGUGACAGUUCAGACCUCAGACUCACAUAUGAAUGAGAAUAAAUCUUCUGCUGGCAGUUCUCAAAUGCCAAAAAAAUCCAGUCCGUCAGCAGUGAGCGAGAUGGUGCAGCAAAGGCCGCAAAAGCCUACCUGGAAUAGCACGCCCGCAUCUCUAGCGCUCGCCUCAACAAGCGCUGCGCAGCAUGAUUUCUCUGUUCCUUCCACCUUUAUGGACGGGGCGGCACUGUGGAGCGUCCGUCCCGCUCCACUAGUAAACUCGCAGAGCUCUCUGAACAAGCUUGGACAGGAACUGCAGCUGCCAAGGUGGCAAAGUGCUAUAGUGCCAUCACAAAAGGAGCCGCCCACGCCCACUAACAAAGAAGAGAGACCAUGGGAUGUGAGCAGUUCUCAAGUAAUUUCUUCGACUGUUAUGCAGCCAGAGAAGCCAUGGAACGGCUGUGAGCCUCAAAAGCUAUGGGCUUCAGGCUUAGCUGGUGUAUCCUCCUCAGCUCAAAUAAACCAAAGCAAUGCUAUGCCAAUUUCUACUCCGGUCUCUCAUGGAGUCACUAAUACCUUGUGGGAUAUUCACACACCUCCAAGUAUUCCAAAGACUAUUAACUCGACUGAGAAACUGGUAAACAGCCAAGAUUUCCACCUGCAGCAGAAGCAGGUGUCUCCUGCCUGGGGCAACAUGCAGACAGCCACGCAGAAGGUUCCCAUCUCCAUCCAGUAUGAAACUCAUCGUUUUGGACAGGCGAUGGGAACUCCAGUAUGGGGCUUCCAAAAUAAUCCAGUAAGUUCUCAGACGCUGCUCAGCUCUCAGCUCAAAACAAGCGGUGGACAAGAGCUUCAGCAACAACCAAUGGUAACUGGCACUCAAAUCAUCAUAAAUCAGCCUUCUCCCUUUUUCUCACCUCCACUUGCUCCGCUCCCCCCUCCUCUCGGCAUGCCAGGCCCUCACCCUCUUCAUUCUGUUGCGGUAGGUACAGUAGGUGCACUUUCAAGACCCCCACACCCAAAUAUUUUCUUCACACCGCAGGCGGUCAUGAGUGAGAGGCCACGCAUGCCGCAGACCCUGCCCCUACCUCAGUUCCCCCCGCAGACUGAACCACACAAACUUGGAUCCCGCUUGCCUUUUGCCCCAGAACGGCUUCUCCAGUGCAUGAUAUGUAGGUGCUCUUUUUCUCGGGAGCUGGAUCUACAAAUGCAUUACUUGCAACAUGCACAAGGGGAGAUGUGAUGUUUCCACACUAGUAACAAAAACAUAGUUAUCUUUUUAUUAUCGUUCUUGGGUAGAACCUCAUUUAUCUGUCACUUUGUUGUGCGGUUGUACCAUGUGAGUGGAAGGGCAUCAACCUGAUGGAGUUUGCACAUUUGACUUAAACACUUAUAUGACUGUGCAGUAUGUUUGAAACAGACAUACGUAUGGUUAGACUGGUCCUUUACAUACAUUUCAGUUGUGUGGAUUGUGUUAGGCGUGCCGAUUAAUGAGGUUCUACUGGCUACAUUUCAUUUAUUGCCAAUGUCACUUAGAUUUAGAGAUUAUUAGUUCUUUUUGAAGUCCUGUUCAUUUGUCUUGAACCAUUUGUACUGUGUUCCUUCAUGUACAGUAUAUACUGUGUGCCUUUCAUAAGUACAGUCUGCAUGUCUGCUGUUUUGGUAUUCUAGGCCCUAGUUUUUGCUUAAGGUAGACUAAACAACGUGACCUCACCCCCACAAAUGCAGAGCAGAAAUGUUAAUAGCAUACAACGUUAAACUGUAACCUUUUCCUUUUGGAGGGGCGAUGGGAUUUAUUGUUCUCAGUGUUUUGAUUAUUCAUUGUUUAGUUUUUUUAUCAGAACAUUCGUCUUAGAGCUGAUCACAUACAAGUAUGUUCCUCUUAAAAGUACUGCCGCUGGCAGGGUCCAGACAUCUCACUGGUCAAGUUUGUUUCUGUGUUAAUUCAGUCAGGAAAAGAGCAUCAACAUGUUAUAAUGCAUAAAGCUUUUUUCUUCCUGAGUUUUCUGUAAAUUGAAUUUCUCGAAUCUCAACUGAUUGCUGAUUUAUUCAUACUUGGCACCACUACACAGUUUAUGACGCUGUUGUUAAUUUUGUAAUAAACAAAACUUGGAUUUA